UUGAGGAGGCCUUGGAAGAGAUGUCCAGCGAAACGUGCGAUUUAUUUGACGAAAAUGUGCAAGAUCCCCAGGAUAACUCUCAGGCUAUGACAGCAGGGCCUGGGGUCCAAGCACCUCUCUCGUUCCAGAGAUACCUCCUCAAUAUCAACCUGAAGAAGGGAAGAAACUUGGUCAUCCGAGACAAGCGCUCAGGUACCAGUGAUCCUUAUGUGAAGUUCAAACUUGAAGGAAAACAGCUCUAUAAAAGCAAGGUGGUUUAUAAAAACCUGAAUCCACGGUGGAAUGAGUCCUUCUCCUAUCCUCUUCGAGACAAAGAGCAUGUCGUGGACGUCCGGGUCUAUGAUAAAAAUCGGACCGCUGAUGAGUUCAUGGGUGCCAGCACUAUUGCCCUGAAAGAUCUUGAUUUGUACAAAACCUAUGAAAUGGAGUUGACACUUGAUGAUCCAAAAAGUAAAGAAGAUGACAUGGGAGCUAUUGUUGUUGAAGUCUGCUUAAUGUUUAGAGAUGCCACCGUCAAAAGAAGCCCUAGAUGGCCACAGAAGAAGAAUAAGCGGAACCAGGCCGCACCAUCCCAGGGAGCAACUGAAACACACAAGAAUCAGCCGAAAAACCAGAUAUGGACUGGGGUCCUUAGUAUCACCUUGGUAGAGGGACAGGACCUGCCACAGCAUGGCCAUGGGGACAUUUAUGUCCGCUUUCGCCUUGGUGAUCAGAAGUACAAGAGCAAGAACCUUUGCAUUCAGGCCAAUCCCCAGUGGAGAGAGCAGUUUGACUUCAAUCACUUUGAAGAUAACCAGGAAGAUCUGCAAGUGGAGGUGUACUCAAAGAGAGGGAGGAAGGCUGAGGAAUCAUGGGGCAUGAUUGAGAUUGACCUAUCGAGACUUUCACUUAAUGAGAGGCAGCUCUACACUAAUGUGCUGGACCCAGGAAAGGGCAGGCUGGUGAUUCUGGCCACCCUGAGACCCUGCUGGGGAGUCUCCAUCUCUGACAUUGAAUCAGCUACCUUGGAGAAUCCUGAUGAGAGAGACACAGUGUUGCAGAAAUUUAGCUUAAAGAACUCGCACAAGUGUGUUGGGGAGAUUGGCUUCCUUCAGGUCAAGGUUAUAAAGGCAAAUGAUCUUCCAACAACAGACCUCAAUGGAAAAAGCAACCCCUUAUGUAUGGCUGAGCUCGGUAACAGCAAACUUCAAACUCACACAAUCUACAAGACCGUUAAUCCAGAGUGGAACACUGCCUUUACAUUCCCAAUUAAGGACAUUCAUGAUGUGAUAGAGUUGACCGUCCUUGAUGAAAAUGGAGACAAAGCCCCAAACUUUUUAGGGAAAGUGGCCAUUCCAUUACUGACUGUUCAGAAUGAGCAGCAGAUAUGUCUGUUCUUGAAGAAAGAAGACUUGGAAAGUGUAUCAAAAGGAACCAUCACUCUGGUACUGGAGGUUAUCUAUAACAAAGUCAGAGCUGCUAUCAGAACCUUCCAGCCGAAGGAGACAAAAUUAACAGAGGAAAACCUGAAGUUCUCCAAAAAGGUUCUUGCCCGGAAUAUAUAUCGGGUUCGAAAAAUCAGCACAGCAGUUCUGUACACGUUACAGUACAUUAAAAGCUGUUUUCAAUGGGAGAGCACACAACGGAGUCUAAUAGCCUUUCUGAUCUUCCUUGUGACAGUGUGGCACUGGGAGCUCUUCAUGCUGCCCCUCUUCCUGCUUCUGCUCAUUGGCUGGAACUACUUCCAGCUCUCUGCAGGGAAGGCCAGCUCCAACCAGGACCUAGUGAACAUGAGCACGGGUGACGACGAAGAGGAAGACGAGAAGGAAUCGGGAAAAAAGGGUUUGAUGGAUAAGAUACAUAUGGUGCAGGAAGUUGUACUGGCUGUCCAGAAUGUUUUGGAGGAAAUCGCGAUGAUUGGAGAGCGACUCAAGAACAUAUUCAACUGGUCGGUCCCAUUCGUGUCGUACCUGACCUGCUUGGCGCUGUUUGUUGUAACAGUGCUAUUAUAUUUCAUCCCAAUGCGAUAUAUGGUGCUGAUAUGGGGCGUUAACAAAUUUACCAAGAAGCUGCGCAACCCAUAUACUAUUGACAAUAAUGAAAUACUGGAUUUCCUCAAGAGGGUGCCUUCUGAUGUUCAAAAGGUGCAGCACAGCGCGCUGAGAGCGCCCACCAGUCAGAUCCAACCGCGGAGGAAAAGGUAAGCUUCGCGGACAUGCUGGAUGAAAGGCUGGUCUCCUUUUGAAUAUGGCACGACGCAGUCCACCUGACAACAAUGCUCCAGUGCCAGCAGAGCCCAUGACCCUUUGCACCCCACCAUACCACCCUAACUCUACCCCCUGCUGCUGAGGGGCAGCCAGCCACUCUCUGGCGUGUAUGUUUGCCACCCCCCUGACAGAGGCUGUGAACUGCAGCAGCUAGGAGGGCAGCACAUGGCGCUGUCAAUCACAAGCCUGGAGGUAAAGAAAAGAGAGCGCUGCAAGGCUCAGCCUUCAUCUUUGGAUAUAAUUUAGAAAGGAAUGAAAAGCGUUGGGUUCAGCUUACCUUAGACCUCUGCUGUUAUGCUUUGUUUUUGACUUUGGUGAAACUGAGAAAUUUGCCUUAAGGUUAAGUUAAUACAAGCUUAACAGUUUAUGGAAAAUAAAUAAUGGUAAUGUUUUUUCUUUAGCCAUGUGUUAAUAUAAUGAAAGGUCAAAAGUCAUAUAUAUCUCAAUCAAUGUUUAAAUAAUAAUUGAAAUAAUAUGUAAUGCACAUUUACAAUAGGACAUAGGAGUAGUGAAUGGUACUUUUUGUGGUAAGGAUUUACUGUAGAUAAUAUAAUGCCAGCUAAUGUCAGCUUUCUUAAUAUUAUUUGGCAACAAAUAUAUAUUUAUAUACUACAUGUGUACUAUUUCCAGCAGACAUUACUUUUUUUAAGUUUCUAUAUGAAUGUAUGUUAGACUGAUUAAUUUUGAGAGUUUUAUUUUUACUCAGUAUUGUAUCAUCAA